GGGAGUAAGACAGUCCAAACGACUUCAGGCACCAUUCCACCGGGGAAAAUCUGGAGACGUACGGCGAUCAUAACACCUUCUGCGCGGCGUCUCCUAGCGGGUUAUAUGAUGACAUCCACCACGAAUGUUAUAGGGUACCAUGACCCCCCUGCCUCUGUGCAUUUCGUCCUCGUGCUCGGUGUCGCCCCUCAUUGCUUGCGAAACUAGAUGGGGACUUUCAUCGUGCUCCAGAUCCUUCUGGCCGUCCUCCCGAGCCCGCUUCUGGACGUGUAGGACGACAAGAAAGAGGCAGGUAUAUCACCCGCAGCAAUGCGAUUCAUAUUUUCUGAAUCAUCGCUAAUCUCACCGGCUUAUCUUCCGACAUUGGCAUCGACGUAUUUCCCCCCGAGGUAUUUCGCACGUUGCGAGCGACGAUAGAACGAGUCGGCCACACAAGCUGGUCAUUCUGCUUUCUUUAUGCGUCCUGUAUAGAGGUUUGGAUUAUCCUCUCCAAGCGUUGUUUGCUCUUUUGCCACGUCUUAACAUGGAUCUCUGUUUUCCUUUCCGUCCUCUCCAUAACGUACUUCCGAC